AAUAUAAGACCACUCUAGACUCCAAAGCCCUUCCUUUGCUACACAUUGCCACAGGCUCUCCGGGUUGUUCAGAGGCGUUUACUCUCUCCACAGAAAUGGUUACUUUCAGGUUUCAUCAAUACCAGGUAGUGGGGAGAGCAUUACCUUCUGAAACAGAUGAGCAUCCGAAAAUUUAUCGGAUGAAACUUUGGGCAACAAAUGAGGUUCGCUCCAAGUCAAAGUUUUGGUAUUUCUUGAGGAAACUCAAGAAAGUUAAAAAGAGCAAUGGGCAGAUAUUAGCUAUUAAUGAGAUCUUUGAAAAGAAUCCUACGAAGAUCAAGAAUUUUGGUAUCUGGCUGCGCUAUCAAAGCCGAACUGGGUAUCACAAUAUGUACAAGGAGUAUCGAGACACCACACUAAAUGGUGCUGUGGAGCAAAUGUACACUGAGAUGGCUUCUCGUCACAGAGUGAGGUUCCCAUGCAUUCAGAUCAUCAAAACAGCCACCAUACCAGCUAAGCUUUGCAAGAGGGAGAGCACCAAGCAAUUCCAUAACUCCAAAAUCAAGUUCCCUCUGGUGUUCAAGAAAAUUCGGCCACCCACCAGGAAGCUCAAGACCACAUAUAAGGCAUCAAGGCCGAACCUAUUUAUGUAACUCGUAUGAUGGUUACUUUCGCUUGUUUCUUGCUAGGAUUUUCAUGUUUUUGAUGAGCUUUAGAUGUGAGACAUCGGCUGAUGCUUUGAACUUUAAAUUCUGUUUUGGUAGUGGAAUGCUUGUUAACGAGUUCACUUGUACGGGUUCUCUUUUAGCUCUCUCAUUUGCGGAGAUAAUUAAGAGUACCACCUAGUAUACUCUUGUCGUUUUUGCUAUAAUGAAUUAUAGUUGCUGGAAGUUUCUUAGCUUUAA